CUAUCCGCGUUGUCAGUCGGAAGUGGAAACCAUUCCCUCGCACUCCAUUGGACCGCCGCGCCGUCAGUCGCGCUGCCGAAGUGCUCGCAGCGCUCCCCGGCUCUCGGAGGUCUGAGAGCGCCGUCAUAUUGGCUGCUGGUGCUAGCUCGGCGGAGAAGAAACCGCCUGCUCCUGUGAAGAAUGGGAGUUAGCUGCUUGAAUUUUAUUCGGCCUUUUUAAAUGAUUUGAACUGGAACCAUACCAUGCUUUAAAGAACUCGGGAUGACACCUUCUGGUAUCGUCGGACCUUCUGCGCUUUCGUCGACACGGUGGCCAAGCCCAGAGGAGACAUGCCUGCUUCCUUUCAAUAGCCCCUUUUUCGCAGACAAAGAGGGCUGCUGAAUAGGGCUCUCAAAACGGCACAAGGGUCCCCGGACUCUUGUUGAAAACAAAUACGGCAAUAUGUGGAGCAACCUGAAAAGCAAAUGCCAAACUUUCUUUCACAACAGCUCGGGAUCUACUGAAGGCAAAAGUGACGAAGAUGCCGUCCACUGUGUACUGGAUCUCAGCCAUGGGAGUGGUUCAGGUGCGACUCAAGCAUCUGAAUUCUCCAGUUCAUCAAGUAGCCUCCUUCCAGUGCCAAUGGUAACAGUAGGACGUCGUCAUCACAACUGUGUCUCAGACGCACCUCAGAUAGUAGAGAUCACUAUCGAUAAGGAUUCAGAGGAUGUAGGUGCAGGACUAGGGGUUGUCCCUUUGGCUCGCAGAGACUCUUAUUCACGUCAUGCUCCUUGGGGGGGCAAGAAAAAACACUCAUGUUCCACAAAAACUCAGAGUUCAUUAGAGGUUGAUAGGCGGUCCGGACGCUUGCGAGGAAGUGGAAACCGCAGAGACAGACGUUGUGGAGCUUGUUCUAUUCAGGAGAUGAGCGACUCUUUGUCUGGAGGGCGCAGUUUGAAUGGUCGAUCAUUACGCCAGCGACUCAGUGACACUGUAGGCCUUUGCUUACCACUACCUGCUCACAGGCGCUCUUCAAAGAACUCCGUUAAUUCCAAGCGGAAAAUUCACCUGACUGAGCUUAUGCUGGAGACCUGCCCCUUCCCACCUGGUUCAGACCUUGCCCACAAGUGGCACUUAAUCAAGCAACACACAGCACCAGUCAGUCCACAUUCCUCCACAGCUCUGUUGGAAUCCUUUGAUUCAGUGCACCCCUCUCCUGAGGAUGAGGAAGAACGUCUGCGUGAACGCCGUAGACUUAGCAUCGAGGAAGGUGUGGACCCACCACCUAAUGCACAGAUCCACACCCUUGAGGCUUCUGUGCCAGGCUCGUCUGUGUACAAACUGGGACCAAAGAUGGCUCCUGGCAUCGGGGAAGCCUCUGGUGAGGGCCGAGCCUCAGGAACUGGUAGCUCUUUGGGAGCCUCAACAUCGGGGGCUUGUGGACAGGUGUCAGGGGCUACAGCUUCAGCUCAGGACACUGAUUCCGAGGAGGACUCAACAACCCUCUGUCUACAGGCCAGAAGACCAAAACAAAGGCAUGCCUCUGGGGAAGGUCACCUGAGCAGACAGCAGCCCGGGUCCUGGAAGGUUCACACCCAAAUAGACUACAUCCACUGCCUGGUGCCGGAUUUAUUGCAGAUCACAGCUCUGCCUUGCUACUGGGGUGUAAUGGACCGCUACGAAGCUGAGUCACUUUUGGAUGGGCGUCCUGAGGGCACUUUCCUGCUUCGUGACUCCGCUCAGGAGGACUACCUUUUCUCUGUCAGCUUCCGCCGUUACAACCGCUCACUGCAUGCCCGCAUUGAGCAGUGGAACCACAAUUUCAGUUUCGACGCACACGAUCCUUGUGUUUUUCACUCUUCCACUGUCACAGGACUGCUGGAGCACUACAAGGAUCCAAGCGCCUGUAUGUUUUUUGAACCUUUGCUUACAGCGCCUCUCCAUCGGACCUUUCCCUUUAGUCUGCAGCACUUUGCACGAGCUGCCAUCUGCCGCUGGACCACUUACGAUGGGAUAGGCUCUCUGCCGCUGCCCCCCGCUUUGCAGGACUUUCUCAAGGAGUAUCACUAUAAACAGAAAGUACGAGUCCGCUGGCUGGAACGGGAGCCACCGCUAAAGGUCAAAUAACGUUCUCUGUCCAAACCCUAUGAAAACUAUGGAGGAAGAUUACAGAACGUGAUAAAUGGCUCAUUAAAACCUGUACUUAAGGACGUACUGAUUUCAUCUUUCCACGGGAGGUCGGAAUUGUAAUGUAACAACGUAUACAAGAUUCAUUCUAAUCUUUAUUUUAGUUACUUCUUACUGAAAAGCAUAUAAUUAUAUUCUGUGUAGUGCUGCGUGGCAAGCACAAAUUAUUAAAUUCAGUGAUAUAUAAAAAUGAAUAUAUACACUAUAUAAAUAUUUUAGAUGAGGGCUGGGAGGAGUGGCACAAAUCUCAAAUGUUUUGUGUUAUUUACCCCGUUCUUCGCCCUAGACGUCUGCCUGAUCCCAAAACAUCACCCUGCCUGUAGACCUGCAUGCAUGCCUCCCUCUCCAUCCCAAUUAGUUCAAAUAGCUAGUUAAACCCACAUACUGUAGCUACUUUGUACAGGUCACUUUUAAUGCACUCAAUUGUUAUUCUUGUCAAAACACAUUGGGGAGCACCUUUCCAAGAGGGUUUUAAGGUGCAUUGUUGUGAACGCAUCAGGAAGUCCUACUGGUGUAUUGCAGUCCAAGCUUGUCUCAUGGAUAAAGCUACAUAAGCCACAUUCUUUGCCACCUCUUUGCACAUGAGCAUUAGCUAAACUAGAGACAGGGAAGGAUUCUGUGAGGGUCCACAGAGUUCAGUAGAUCAGGGAAAUUGUGCUUUUAAAAGAUUAUAGAUUGAACACGUGUUUCUCCAAAAACAGUGAUGGUGAAUGAUAAAUAAUAAACCAGCUUAUUGUGUCCUACAUUGUAAGGCAAACUUGUCAACUUUAUUCUCAUUGUAGUGAUUGACUUUGGCUUUUACUGCAAGCACACAUACGAUACAUUUCUUCUUGGUUGAAACUGAACCGUCUUACAGAAAUCUUUCAUUUCGAUUAUGACUUCAUGCUUUACAGACACUUUGAACAUUUUAGAGCGGGAACUGGGUCACAUUUCAAAAAGUUUUAGAAGAAAAUCAAUGAACAUUUUAUGGAUUUGCAUAAUGUUUCCAUCAAAGUUCCAUUUUGUUGCAAGCCAACCUGCACAGUGCAGUGCAAGUCGUUUGAGGGGCUGGCACAAUGGUGCUGAUGUCCUUUACGUUAAACUGUCAGAAGACACCCACUUAACAUAAAAUCAAUUCUUGUGUAACCUAUGUGCCUUUUGUAGUAAACUGUUUAUAUAGUUUCUUUAGUGAUUUAAACCUAGACCAAGUGGUGCUGAAUCACAUUGUGAUGCCGUCAAAUCAGACAGAAAUCUUAAAUAACAGGUCUGUGUGUGAGCGCCAAGCUUUUUUUCUUUGUUGGAGCACAUAAGAUCUUUGUAAACGAUGUCUGUUUACCGGUGCUGCUUGGAUAAGCUAUAAAAAAUGAAUUGAGGGUUGCACUGCCAAGGUUUUGGUUUCACUCACAUCUGGCAAUGUCACGCCAAAAUUACUUGGGCAUUCCUCAUUGAUUGAAAAGCAUCCGUUGGAACAAAACAUAUUUUCAAAUAUUGGCCUUGAAAGAGAUAUGCACUUUCAGUGUUGUCUAGUAUGCAUUGCUUUCUCCAGUUACACUCGUGCGGCAGCUAAGAAAGACUUUGUGGGUCCAAUACCAGCUCUUCUGUAGCAUAUAUUUGUGAUUUUCAAGCCCUAAACUCUGCUACUGUCUAGCAAAACUGAACCUAAUGAGAGGUCAAAGUUCAACAGAACAAUUUUGCUUGUGGAUCUAUGAAGUUUGUUUAAGGUUGUCUAUACACUAAGACGGCUAAGGGUAUACAGGAUACAACCCGCCUAACGUUUCCCUGUCCACACACAUUGCCAUCGUUUAAGCUUUGGUUUAAGACCCCUCCAUUCCCCGCCUGCUGGCACAAUGCGACCUAAUAAUCAUGAACGGAAAAUGGCAGAAGCGCAUAUAUUACGUCAUAGUCACCAUAGAAGUGUAUCCUUACCCAGCAUAUAAACAUUGAAGCUGUUAGACUAGCCAUAUUGUAGUGAAUCACACCUGAGUCAUCAUAAAUUAAUCAAUUGUUUAAUGGACAUGUGGAAGUAAACAAUGUGAUAAAGAACAUUUUGCAACAAUCAUUGUAGGGAUCUAGAUAUCUGGUCAGGACAUUUCUGACUCUUUUACCUUCACAUUCAUUGUCCAUUCUUGCAAUCUUGCCUGUGCCUGGAGGUUGAAAUUGGCGGUCGUACUCAACGGCCACGACCACUGACUUCGUUUAGCGACUCCUUCGUGGCUUCACAGUAAUUAUGGAGUACAAAACAAGCAUACGCAAGUCUCGUCGGCGAAGUCAUACAAAGCACAAGCUAUCUUGUUUUAUCACAUACACGGGAACCCGCAUUUUCUUUGUCUCCCUCUUCGACAAAUGGACAAAGUGUUUCACUAAGUACAAACCCCGUUUCCAUAUGAGUUGGGAAAUUGUUAGAUGUAAAGAUAAACGGAAUACAAUGAUUUGCAAAUCCUUUUCAACCCAUAUUUAGUUGAAUGCACUACAAAGACAAGAUGUUUGAUGUUCAAACUCAUAAACUUUGGGGUUUUUUUUGCAAAUAAUAAUUAACUUAGAAUUUCAUGGCUGCAACACGUGCCAAAGUAGUUGGGAAAGGGUAUGUUCACCACUGUGUUACAUCACAUUUUCUUUUAACAACACUCAAUGAACGUUUGGGAACUGAGGAAACUAUUUGUUGAAGCUUUGAAAGUGGAAUUCUUUACCAUUCUUGCUUGAUGUACAGCUUAAGUUGUUCAACAGUCCGGGGUCUUGUCGUAUUUUACGCUUCAUAAUGCGCCACACAUUUUCGACGGGAGACGUGUCUGGACUGCAGGCAUGCCAGGAAAGUACCCGCAUUCUUUUACUAUGAAGCCACGCUGUUAUAACAUGGCUUGGCAUUGUUUUGCUGAAAUAAGCAGGGGCUCUAUGUUGCUUGGAUGACAACAUAUGUUGCUCCAAAACCUGUAUGGACCAUUCAGCAUUAAUGGUGCUUUCACAGAUGUGUAAGUUACCCAUGCCUUGGGCACUAAUGCACCCCCAUACCAUCACAGAUGCUGGCUUUUGAACUUUGCGCCCAUAACAAUCUGGAUGGUUAUUUUCCUCUUUGUUCAGGAGGACACAACGUCCACAGUCUCCAAAUAUUAUUUGAAAUGUGGACUCUUCAGACCACAGACCACUUUUCCACUUUGCAUCAGUCCAUCUUAGAUGAGCUCGGGCCCAGCGAAGCCGGCGGCGUUCCUUUGUGUUGAUGAAUGGCUUUCGCUUUGCAUAGUAGAGUUUUAACUUGCACUUACAGAUGUAGCGACCAACUGUAGUUACUGACAGUGGUUUUAUGAAGUAUUCCUGAGCCCAUGUGGUGAUAUCCUUUACACACUGAUGUCGGUUUUUGAUACAGUACUGCCUGAGGGAUCAAAGGUGCCUAAUAUCAUGGCUUACGUGCAGUGAUUUCUCCAGAUUCUCUGAACCUUUUGAUGAUUUUACAGACCGUAGGUGGUAAAAUCCCUAAAUUCCUUGCAAUAGCUCGUUGAGAAAUGUUGUUCCAAAACUGUUCGACAAUUUGCUUACAAAUUGGUUACCCUCGCCCCAUCCUUGUUUGUGAAUGACUUAGUAUUUCAUGGAAGCUGCAUUUAUACCCAAUCAUGGCACUCACCUGUUCCCAAUUAGCCUGCACACCUUUGGGAUGUUCCAAAUAAAUGAUUUAUGAGCAUUCCUCAACUUUCAGUAUUUAUUGCCACCUUUCCCAACUUUUUUGUCACGUGUUGCUGGCAUCAAAUUCUAUAGUUAAUGGUUAUUUGGAAAAAAAAAAAGGUUUAUCAGUUUUAACAUCAAAUAUGUUGUCUUUGUAGCAUAUUUAACUGAAUAUGGGUUGAAAAUUAUUUGCAAAUCAUUGUAUUCCCUUUAUAUUUACAUCUAACACAAUUUCCCAACUCACAUGGAAACUGGGUUUGUACAAUCACAGCUGACCUGGACAUUGGAAAGUUCUCCUGCCGUUCCUCUGGCACAACACACUCGUUGACUAACAUGUCCCACCAGGCAGCCGUUCUUCAAGGCCUCAUCCAAAACCGCCGCUCAACAUUGCUAUGUGUCCAUCUGAGAUGUGAUGUUUCCGUAAUAGCUGCAAUCGCGCGUUGCCUUAUCUUAAGGUACUCGUGUGUGAUUUCUACAAGCGCCUGUACAUGUAAAAGAAGGAGAAACAUGGGCAUGUCUGGAUGAUUCACCUCUAUCCUUCUAUUGGUUACCUCCAAGUAAGUAGUUGUGACGCGUUCUUUCUGGCGCCGUUUCCUCUCUGAACUCCGUUUAUAAACGAUCAAUGAGUCCAUACAGAGCUAAGUGCCGGAGAUUCAAGAAAUAGACGGCGCACUUAACUGUGUAAAAAAUAUCCGAGGAGGGGAAUUUUAAACGAUGGGUUAGUUUGGCUGACACGGGGUUUAGGCUAAAUAAUUAUUUGUUUAAGGAGUUAUCCGGCCUAAUAUAGACAGGGCUUAAAUCUAAGUGUCAGGAUAGAUGUUCUCGCUAAAAAUCACCCUAGCUAUCAGGCUGUAAUAAAAUCAUCAGUAUUAACUUGAAAGUUCAAUGUUUCACAUCACUGUUUGAAAAUGUAUUGACUUGAAUGAUAAGCUUUGUGUUACUUAAAACCAUUGAACAAUGGCAAGAAGAAAUCUUAACGGUGCUUAAUUUCCCAAUGUUAAUAUUUUGUCAGCGGCAGAUUAUUGCAUUUGACCAUUGAGGAGAAAUUACAUUGUGUUUGUCUGCCAUUGUAGAAGAGUGUGACCAAAACUAACUACAUUUGUGUCAACUAUUAAGUAAAGGGUGCUGUCGGGGUUAUGCAAAAUCCCUUUCAAAGUAAUUUUCAGCAUUCUUCCGUAUUCACGAGAAGACUUAUUCUUUUUUUUUUUUGGUAAAUAUACUUGAAAAUACUAAUCAGGAAACCUACACCCAAGUAUAAUGAUGCUUUUACAACUCAUUUGGCUUAAUUUGUGUACAUUUAAUAUGAAAAUGUCUCAAAUUCUUAACCAAUAUUUAGUUUUCUCCACUCUUCUGUAAAGUAAUCAGAAUAUAUGUAACAUUUUUGCUUAAAAAUUCAUUAUUUAAAAACAAAAUGCAAGAGUGACUAUAUUGUCAGAAAUAAAAAGCCCUGCACUUGUGUUGGAAUUGAAAUGACCUCUGUACUCUCUCUGCUUCUUACUCCUUAUUAAUAGAAUCACUAUUUUCAGUGUUUAUUAGUACUGCUUACUGAACAGAUUACCUUUGCCAUUUGAAUGAAAAAGGUUGUUUUAGUUAUUCCAGUACUCAAAUUAUUCAACCUCCAUAAUAAAUUGCACUGUACUGUACAAACUUGUGGUAAAAAAAAACUAAAACAGAUGUUGAGCUAUUUAGGUAGGUGUUAUGUUUAUUUUCAACUAAUGCAAGGAUAUACAUUGCAAAAAACAACAUUUGUAACAAGGGUUGAAUAAUUUGGAGUUGGACUAUACAUCUCCAUGUGUUCAAGUGUGAGCCGUAGAGGACCUGACCUCACUGGUGUUCAAGUCUCAGGGUAAGGUGUCGACUGAAGUUAAGGAGCUAGUGAAAGUAAUGGCUAUGAUCCAGAGUGCUUCUGACAAUUCAGACCACAGUCUUUUCCCUUCUUUGGCCACGGGAAAUGUCAGCAGAAAUGCGCAUUUUUAAACAUUCAUUUCCACGUCAAAAUAUCAGGUCUGUGUUUUUUUAAAUGAAAUAUUGUAUAAUGCAAGGAUAGGAGUCAAAGGAGUGUCAAAAUAUGGAGUGAAGUAAAUUUUUUUAUCAGCAAUAAAGCACUAUGUAAGACAUCCUUGACUUCUCUGCGCAACACACAACACCGGAAAUGUGUCCCGUACAAACCCUUCCAACCAGAACUCUUAACAAUAACAACAGUUUUGUGGGUGAAUAAUGUAAACCCACUACAAUAUAAAAAAAAAUAGGAUGCAAAGAAAAUGUGUUGAAUGCUCGCCUAAACCGCAGGUUCUUACUGUUCCUCUUGACUAAAACCCGCACUGGAUUUCAGGACAGUGCGCCUGAACAAGCUCGCUAGUUAUCAUCUCGCUAUCUUACUUGUCGCCGCUUGUCGCUCUCCGAGCCACAGCGCUCACUUUGCUGCUAAUCAUAUUUGGAUGAUUACAAUCCGAACACUGUUAGUUCCUAACCAGUUGUAGCUGUAGAGCAUUUAUCAAUAGCCAGCGACAAAAUAUAUUUUUGACGUGACUGCUGUAAACAGACGUCACAACACUGGAAGUGUACUAUCUGAGGGGGUUUGGCUGUAGGAUGGAGUUGCCAACGUUUUGUGGGGGUUUUUUGCAUGCAUGUUACAGAACGUUACAUUACAUUUUCAAUGAUAAUAGUACAUUUCCUAAGAAAAACUAACAUUUCUGUGGUACAUUAAAUUGGAUUGUCAAAAAGCCAACUAAAAGAUUGAAAAGAGGUUGGUCGAUAAGAACCAAUCUAAAAGUGAUAUAUAGUGUAGAAAUGUACCCAAUUGUUGGAAACGUAGUCUCCAUUUCCAAAAUGUUCUUUGGGGGCUUGCUUGGGAACACUUCGGCAGAUAGAAAUUUACCUUUUUUUUUGUCAGUUGUCCUCCUUUUUUUCCUCAAAGGGUGCUCACAUGCUUGCCUGUUGAAUGAAUAGCGCUUUGUGUAUUUGUGGAAUACAGUAUGACUGCUGAGUAGAAUCAACCCUCCGUGAUUUUGCGAAUUGUUCACGACCUUGCAACUUUGUCCAAUCUUUGUAAUUCCCCCCACAAAUUGUAUCACAAUAGACACUUAAAAAAUUUGGGAUCUUAAAAUGUGCCCCGCACUUGAGUUUAAUGUGUAAAUUACACGUUUUGUUAAUUUUUUGAAACACUGUGCUUUUUGGGCUUAAGGUUACAUAGAACACUUAAACCAUUGACAAAAGUUCUUAAAACCAUAAGCUGAUGCAAUGUCAUUAAGCCUCAAGACACUGCAUUUUUGUGAAAAAACUGAUGCGGACUCGGACAAUACUGGUUUUAGGACAGUGAUGCCUGGAUCAACAGGUUCAAAUAAUUGCUACAAAACAGUAUUUGGGGAAUUGAAAGAGAAUUAGUAAAAAUACAAUGUAAUGAGAGAGCCAUGAUUACUCAAAGUAGUAUUUUUCCAACUAAAGAAUAUACCAAGAACAGCUUAUGUUACCAUUAGUGGUUUAACACAACUUGGCAUACACAAGCCAGUCCCAGACAAGCAACAGUCAAUUUGCAGUCAACUUAUUAUGAUGGUAAUUAGUAGCUGAACUUUGGGAAAUCGAUAUCUUAGCUGACAACAUACAUAACUGUGCGUAUGUGUGUGUGUGUGUGUGUGUGUGUGUGUGUGUGCGUGCGUUUUGUGGGGCGUACUUAGGCAGUAUGCAAUCCUUAAAAAGUUGGUGCGUAAAAUUUCAGUCACUUUAAAUAUAGACAAUUAUAUUACUAAUAUUCUAAAUGUAUAAUUUAAGAUUAAGAAAAUAUUAAACUGUCUCUUUGUAAAAUUUUGAAUGUAUUAGUAUUUCCAUAACAUUUUGGGUUCAAUACUGACAGACUUCAAAUGAACAUUUUUAAAGUUCCGGCCGUUAUUUUUUUGAGGACCCUUCAUUGUCAAACUGAUUUAAAAUGGAAAGAUAGGCGUCAUGUUAUAAUACCUAAUGGCUGCACUGUACUAUUAGUGUAAAGCAAGAUUUGGAAAACCGCAAAAGCUGCGUGAUUGCAGUUUAGAGUCACACCUUUCUGCCGACUCAGCGUUUGAGUGUUGACUGUUAGGGUCAAUGGCUCGUAUGAACACUCUACUCUGUCCCACUCCUUUUUACACUCGGGCAGGCCUGGUCCAGUAAAGGCCUCCCAAAUAUUUGGAAGUAUGCACAUAUAAAACAAGGCACAAUUGAUUAACUCAGUAAAAGAGAUUUUCCAUAGUUCGAGUAAAUUCUUUUAGACAUCUGUUGUAAAUUCUGUAUGCAUUUUGACACCGUCCUUCCAUGCAAUGGAGUGUAACGUUUGCCAUCCUGCCGCUUUACUGCUGCAUGUCCAUGAUAGUGCAGCAAAAUGAUGGCAACUAAAGAUCUUCCUAUCGCCCAGACUGACUUAUUCUGAUCCCUUUUAAAUGUAGGACUGUGGCCGCCACAAGGUGACCGAUCACAAAAAUAUCCCUUUUUAUGUUUCUCCUGCUUACCUACAUUUUUUUUCAGCCUGGUAUGAUUUAUAGCGUGUAAAUGGCAUAAUAAUCAUGUUCAUGUUUCACUGUUCUGUGUGUUUGCUUCAUCAGUCAUAAACAGCAAAAAAAAAUACGAACUGUUUUUCAAUGUAACAUGUUCAUUUGAAAGAUGCGAUACAUAUGUAGCUGUCACUCUUGGUGCUUGGCUUCUGCUUCAUUGUCUUAAUAUUCCAAUAAAAGUGUAAAACCACACUGACAUGAAAUGAAGAAA